CAUACACUCUCUCUUACUAACCUAACCUUGUUGUCUUUUUUUUCUUUCUCUUCCCUCUUUCUUUCUUUCUUUCUUUCUCACAGUUUUCAAAAACCCUCUUUUCUUUUUCUCUAUGACCCAGUAGACAGUCCACUCCAGGGCCACAACCAAGGGGUCCAUAUAGAUAAAGGCUUGGUAAUCAAAAUCCCACUUUGUCUCUUGCAUUUGUUAAAAAGAGGCACAGAAAGAAGAAAGUAGUAGUCAUCAAUGGAGUUCUCAAACCUCAUCAUCUUGCUCUCUAUUCUUCUCUCUUUACUCUCCCAAACUUGCCAAUCCACAAGAAUACUUGUUGAUGGAGUUUCAGAGUGGAAGGACCCCACUGUUCAUGUGGGAGACUCUGUUAUUUUCAAGCACAAAUAUCACUACAACCUCUACAUUUUCCAGAACGAAAGAGCUUUCAAUCUCUGUAAUUUCACUCAGGCCACGCUUCUCAGCAAACCCAACACCACCUCCUAUACGUGGCACCCAUCGCGCUCUGGUUUCUUCUACUUCACCUUCAACAACGGCUCUCUCAGCAGUACCUGCCAAGGCUCCAAAAAGCUCGCCGUGAAAGUGAGUUCAACUCCAGCACCGGAAAGCUCCACCAUUUCCCCUCCAACGAAGGCUCCAGCACCAAGCUCAGGUGGAGCAGUGUCAUCAUCUCCGGCUUAUCCAUGGCCGUUCCGCCCCAAAGAAGCAGCCUCUCCGGCACCGGAACCAUACGCAACAUCGCCGGCGAUGAUUCCGUCGUUAGUGCCGGACAAAGGCGGCGGUAUCCCGUUCAUCAACAGUAACCCGGCAGUUCCUCUUCCCACCGGAGAAGUGGACUCCGCCACCAUUCGACCUUUGCCCAUGUCCAGUCAUGGAGGCCAGGUGAUGAUGGGGUGUUUUGGAGUACAAAUGACUGUGUUAUGUAUGGUUCUUUUAUUGCUGUAAAAAAAGGGUUUUUUUUUCUUCUUUUUUUGUGUUAUAUUUUAUUUUAAUGAGAGAGAGAGAGAGAAUGGUAGUAAUAGUAUUUGGUUUGGUGGAUUAGAGGUCUAAAGUAGCUAUAAGAGUGAUGAUUAUAACAUGUAUUGUGAUGCUCUUAUACCCUACUUUGGAAUCAUUUGAUACUUUUGGUCCUUUAGUUUUGCCUUGUAUUUAAUUACACCUACCUUUUUCUUUUUUUGAUUUAUUUUUCCAACUUUUUA